CACGGUUCAUUCAGUUAGCGAGACGAGUUCCGCGCAGGAAGUUGCGCGCGCGCACCAUACAGUUGUCGCUUGUAUAUUUUAUUCCGCGGUCUGGGUGCAGGUAGUGAAAUUCAUCCGAUGUAAAUCUACAAAUCACAAUCAAAAUUAAUAAAAUCAAAAUUGUGAACUCUACACAUAUACGUAAACUGUGAACAUAUUGCUUAUAAUAGACUGUGACUGUGACCAUUGUGAACAACUGUGAUUCGUCACACAGAGUGUAAUAAAGUGACUAAAAGUGAGAGUAAUAAUGUCAAAAGAAGAGAAGUUACAGAAAGACUUCGCUGACCCCCUGAAGCCGAGAGAGACCUGGCGCAUCGUCAAGAAUGUCGUGAUCAUCAGUUUGGCGUUCAUGGUCCACUUCACCGCAUACAGCGGUGCUGCGAAUUUACAAAGCUCUAUAAACGCGGAGGCGGGUCUGGGGACGGCUUCGCUCGCUGCCGUGUACGCAGGGCUCAUCUUCUCCAACAUAUUCUUACCUGUUAUUGUUAUCAAGUGGUUGGGAACAAAAUGGGCGAUAUCUCUUUCGUUCGUUACUUACAUGCCGUACAUAGCUGCUCAGCUGUGGCCUACCUUUUACACCAUGAUACCCGCAGGCCUAAUCGUAGGCCUCGGCGGGGGCCCCCUCUGGUGUGCUAAGUGCACUUACAUAUCUGUGGUAUCAGAGGCGCAUAGUAAGAUCUCCAACAUUUCAGCUGAAGCGUUGUUGGUUCGCUUCCUGGGCUUAUUCUUCAUGAUUUUCCAAAUGAACCAAGUAUGGGGAAACCUCAUUUCUUCUUUAGUGCUAACAUCAGGCGAAAACGCGGCAGCUGUGACGGCAGUGAACGCAUCCACCAUCCCGCUGGUGUGCGGCGCCAACUUCCUGCCCAGCGACGAUGCUGGGGAGGUCUUGCAGGCGCAACCCAAGGAGAAGAUUGAGAUGCUUGUUGGAAUCUAUUUGGCGUGUAUGGCGGGAGCGGCCAUUAUUGUCGCUGUCGGUGUGGACUCUAUGAAAAGAUACGCCUCAGGGCGUACCAACUCAGGAACGGGUCUAUCAGGGUUCGCCCUCUUAGCAGUUACGCUGAAGUUGCUGGUGGAACCCAACCAGCUGAUGCUGGUUAUCAUCAACGUUUUCAUCGGCCUGCAGCAGGCAUUUUUCGGAGCUGACUUUACUGCGUCGUUCGUGUCGUGUGCCAUCGGGACCGGUACUGUUGGGUUCGUUAUGAUGACCUUCGGAGUUGCUGAUGCUAUUGGAUGCGUCGUCACUGGAUAUCUGGGCAAGAUAACCGGGCGAGUACCUCUCAUCUGCUCUGCCCUGGUGGUGCACAGUGCUCUGUUCAUCACGCUGCUGGUGUGGCGGCCUCAGGCACACAUGUCCUACGUGCUGUACAUCAUAGCCGUGCUGUGGGGGCUGUGUGACUCUGUGUGGAUGGUGCAGAUUAAUGCCUACUACGGUAUCCUCUUCCCCGGCAGAGAAGAAGCAGCAUUCUCCAAUUUCCGCCUCUGGGAGUCUGUAGGCUACAUCAUUGCCUACGUCAUCUCACCCUACCUGAGGACUAGUGCCAAAACCUACCUCCUCUUUAUCAUGAUGUUUGUAGGAGCAGCCUUAUACUUUAUAGUAGAGUAUAGAGAACGAAGAUGUACCAGGAAACUAGAAAUAACGAAGGUAGACCCAGACCUUUGCUGUGCUAAGGGUUGUGACAACAUAGCUUUUCAAAAUGUAGAAUAAUUUGUGAUAGUAUUAUGUAAUAUUGGUGAUAAUAGCGUAGUCAAUGAAGGGUUACAAAUUACAAUUCUAACUUGCGAGGGACAUGUCCGAUUUUUUUUGAUGUUUCUUUCUUUUGUUGAUCAUUUAAAAUAUAAAAAAGGAAAUACAAUUGAGAGAGGUGAUAUUUAUAUAAAACAAAAAAAACCAACAUCUUCUUGUCUUACCUCUAUUAGAUAAGUGUUUAACUUGGUGUAAGUCAUUGUAGAGUAAACUGUACUGUUGUAUAACAACUAGUAAAAAAUAAAAAAGUUCAAAAAUUAAGGGGGUUUGCUACUAGUUAUCAAAUAUGGUUCGAAAGAGUUCAGCCAUUUAAAGGUUGAACUUUGAGACCCUCUGACAGACCAACGAACAGAUGCAAAAGCGGCUUACGGGUUCUUAUCAAAUGCUGUCUCUGUACAAAACCAGAAAAGUACUUUAUAUCAUUUUUCGUUGGAAUAAAAAUACUGACAUUUAUUUUAUAUGAUCGUAAUAUUUAAACAACUCAAAAUGUUUCUAAUUUAAAAUGAUAUAAAAAAACUACUCCUACAAAAGAAAAAGUCAUCAAAAUCGGAUCUGUCCCUGGUAAAUUAGAAGUAAGUUCUUAGGAAGCUCAGCUUUAUUGACUCCUCUAUAAUAGUUGUUAUGUAUUGUAAUAUUUGUAAAAAGUACCUAAAGUAAGUUAGACUAAAUGAUAAAAUUCGUUGAAUUAAUAAAUCUAUUUUUUGAAAAGUU